UUGAUAAAGGUUGAUAACUUCAACACAAUCUUGUGUUUGAUGUUGAGUGCAAAGGGAUGGAUGAAUCUGUUGCUUCUGUCUUAUAAAAUCAUGGCGUUGCAGGUUUUUUUGUUGUCGGGGGCAGAAGUAUGCAGCAAUGUGUUAGCCGACCGGCCCAGUUUACCAGGUAUCUCCCUAUUAUCAGACAAAGUGCGUAUUUUCACCAAGGAUUGGGACUCGCGACGGCCCGGCACCUCAGCAUGACCGACCCCGCAGUGAAGAGGGUGGUGAGUGACAUCAUCCGCUCCCCGGAGGACAAGAGGCUGUACCGGGGGCUGGAGUUCACCAACGGCCUGAAGGCCGUCCUCGUCAGCGACCCGACCACGGACAAGUCCUCCGCAGCGCUCGACGUCCACAUAGGUUCCCUCUCGGACCCGCCGAACAUCUCGGGCCUGGCGCACUUCUGCGAGCACAUGCUGUUCCUGGGCACGGAGAAGUACCCGAAGGAGAACGAGUACAGCCAGUUCCUGAGCGAGCACGCGGGCAGCUCCAACGCCUUCACCAGCGGCGAGCACACCAACUACUACUUCGACGUGUCCCACGAGCACCUGCAGGGGGCGCUGGACAGGUUUUCCCAGUUCUUCCUCUGCCCGCUGUUCGAUGAGAGCUGCAAGGACCGGGAGGUGAACGCGGUCGACUCGGAGCACGAGAAGAACCUGAUGAACGACGCCUGGAGGCUGUUCCAGCUGGAGAAGGCCACCGGAAACCCCAACCACCCCUUCAGCAAGUUUGGGACAGGGAACAAGCUGACAUUAGAGACCAGGCCAACCAAAGAUGGGAUUGAUGUCCGUCAGGAGCUGCUCAAAUUCCACUCCACAUACUACUCCUCAAACCUGAUGGGACUGUGUGUCCUGGGCAGAGAGUCCCUGGACGAGCUGACCGACAUGGUGGUCAAGCUGUUCGCCGAGGUGGAGAAUAAGAAUGUCCCACUCCCAGAAUUCCCUGAGCAUCCUUUCCAAGAAGAGCAUCUCAGGCAAUUUUACAAGGUGGUGCCCAUAAAGGACAUCAGAAAUCUAUACGUCACCUUCCCCAUCCCAGACCUGCAGAAGUAUUACAAGUGCAACCCAGGCCACUAUCUGGGCCACCUGAUUGGACACGAAGGCCCGGGAAGCCUGCUGUCCGAGCUGAAGGCCAAAGGCUGGGUGAACACACUGGUGGGAGGUCAGAAGGAAGGAGCUCGAGGCUUCAUGUUCUUCAUCAUCAAUGUGGACCUGACUGAGGAAGGGCUCUUGCACGUUGAGGACAUCAUCUUCCACAUGUUCCAGUACAUCCAGAAACUGCGCACUGAAGGACCCCAGGAGUGGGUCUUUCAGGAGUGCAAGGACUUGAAUACCGUGGCCUUCAGGUUCAAGGACAAGGAGCGACCUCGCGGAUACACCUCCAAAGUGGCCGGUUUACUGCACUACUACCCGCUGGAGGAGGUGUUGGCAGCUGAGUAUCUUCUGGAAGACUUCAGGCCGGAUUUGAUAGAAAUGGUGCUGGACAAACUGAGGCCGGAGCACGUGAGAGUUGCGGUCGUUUCAAAGUCGUUCGAAGGGCAGACUGAUCGGGUUGAAGAGUGGUACAGCACGCAGUACAAACAGGAGGCCAUUUCUGACGAGGUCAUCAAGAAAUGGGAGAAUGCAGACCUGAACGGCAAGUUUAAACUCCCGAUGAGAAACGAGUUCAUCCCGGCCAACUUUGAGAUCUACCCUCUGGAGAAAGACUCCCCGUCCUUCCCCUCCCUGAUAAAGGACACGGCCAUGAGCAAAGUGUGGUUCAAACAGGACGACAAGUUCUUCCUUCCCAAGGCCUGCCUGAACUUCGAGUUCUUCAGCCCCUUUGCGUACGUGGACCCAUUGCAUUGUAACAUGGCUUAUUUAUAUCUUGAGCUGCUCAAGGACUCCCUGAACGAGUAUGCAUAUGCAGCCGAGCUAGCCGGCUUGAACUAUGACCUGCAAAAUACCAUCUAUGGGAUGUAUCUGUCCGUGAAGGGCUAUAAUGACAAGCAGCACAUUCUGCUGAAGAAGAUCAUUGAGAAGAUGGCCACCUUCGAGAUUGAUGAAAAACGCUUCGACAUCAUCAAAGAAGCGUAUAUGAGGUCUCUGAAUAACUUCAGAGCAGAGCAGCCUCACCAGCACGCCAUGUACUACCUGCGGCUCCUCAUGACUGAGGUGGCCUGGACUAAAGACGAGCUCAAGGAAGCACUGGAAGAUGUCACACUCCCUCGCCUCAAGGCCUUUAUACCUCAGCUGUUGUCACGGUUACACAUUGAAGCCCUUAUCCACGGCAAUAUCACCAAACAGUCCGCCCUGGGCAUGAUGCAGAUGGUCGAGGACACGCUCAUCGAGCACGCUCACACCAAGCCCCUCCUCCCGAGCCAGCUCAUUCGCUACAGGGAGGUGCAGGUUCCUGAUGGGGGCUGGUACGUUUACCAGCAGAGGAACGAGGUUCACAACAACUGCGGCAUCGAGAUCUACUACCAGACCGACAUGCAGAACACCCACAACAACAUGCUGCUGGAGCUCUUCUGUCAGAUCAUAUCUGAGCCCUGCUUCAACACCCUGCGCACCAAGGAGCAGCUGGGGUACAUUGUGUUCAGCGGGCCGCGGCGAGCCAAUGGCGUGCAGGGCCUGCGCUUCAUCAUCCAAUCGGAGAAGGCGCCGCACUACCUGGAGUGCCGGGUGGAGGCCUUCCUGUGGACGAUGGAGAAGUGCGUGGAGGAGAUGGCGGAGGAGGCCUUCCAGAAGCACGUCCAGGCCCUGGCCAUCCGCCGCCUGGACAAGCCCAAGAAGCUGGCCGCAGAGUGCGCCAAGUACUGGGGCGAGAUCAUCUCCCAGCAGUACAACUUCGACAGAGAUAACAUUGAAGUAGCAUAUCUGAAGACGUUGACAAAGGAAAACGUAAUGCAGUUCUACAGGGACCUGCUGGCUGUAGAGGCUCCUAAGAGGCACAAGGUGUCGGUCCACGUGCUGUCCCGCGAGAUGGACUCCUGCCCCGUGGUCGGGGAGUUCCCGUGCCAAAAUGAUGUCAACCUCGCCCCCACCCCCUCCCUGCCUCAGCCGACAGUGGUGCAGGACAUGACUGAGUUUAAGAGGAGCCUGCCUCUCUUCCCAUUGGCCAAGCCACACAUCAACUUCAUGGCUGCCAAACUGUGAGAGGCGGAGCCUGGGAUACAAGGCCCCGCCCCUCUGCAACUGGAACCACGAGGAGUCCCGUGUGUGUGUGUGUGAGGGGGGUGUGCAUGUGUGGGUGGGGCUUGUGUGUGCACGUGUGGAUUGGGG